CGUACCGCCUGGAUGCUCGUCACAUGACCAGCUGCUGCUGUCGAGCUGUCAACAACCCAAACUGUCACCACAUUGUUAUUAUUAUUGGAUCCAUUUCCUCAGUCUGCUCCAGGGUCCCAGGAUGGAGGUGUUAUGGGGGGGGCUGCAGACCCCGUGACAUGUGGACUGAAGCAAGAAUCUCCCAGCUUGCGUCUCUUCUCCAACAACUGUCAUGGCCUCCAGUUACCCGCCCCCCUUUGAGGGCACAGGUGAAGUGAAGGAGGGCUUUCUUUGCCCACUGUGCCUGAAGGAUCUUCAGUCAUUCUACCAACUCCAGGACCACUACGAAGAGGAGCACUCUGGGGACGACCGCCAUGUUCGGGGACAGCUCAAGAGUUUGGUUCAGAAAGCAAAGAAAGCCAAAGACAAGUUUUUGAAGCGGGAUGGAGAGGACAGAGUGGACACGGGCAGCUACGAGUCCUUCUACGACCCCUUCAUGUGGGAGCCUCAGGAACUGGGAGCAACCAGAAGUCACCUGGACUUCUUUAAAAAGCACCGUGCAGCCAGGAUAGACCACUAUGUCAUCGAGGUCAACAAGCUCAUCAUUAGACUGGAAAAGUUGACAUCGUUUGACAGGGUCAACUCGGAUACCGCCAAAAUAAGAGCCAUUGAGAAGUCCGUGGUGUCAUGGGUCAAUGACUCAGACGUCCCGUUCUGUCCUGACUGUGGGAACAAGUUCAACAUCCGGAACAGGCGGCACCACUGUCGCCUCUGUGGCUCCAUCAUGUGUAGGAAGUGCAUGGAGUUCGUCCCCUUACCUUUGGCUCAGAAGCUGAUCAGUGGGACCCGAGAGGCCCUGUGUGUGCCCGGGAGCCCCCUUCAGUCCCAGUCUCCCCCAGCAGGAGGCGGCGGCGGCGGGAUGGGCUCCAGGAGAGGCAGCAUCAGCAGCCUGAGCAGCGUCACCUCCAUGCUGGAGGAGAAAGACGACGAGAAGAUUCGCUGCUGUCACCAUUGUAUGGACACACUACUGAAGAGACAGCAGAAGCUGGAAGAGAAGGACCACACGCCGGAUAUAGUGAAACUCUACGAGAGGCUGAGGAUGUGCAUGGAGAAGGUGGAUGAAAGGGCUCCAGAAUACAUCAGGAUGGCCGAGUCACUCAAUGCUGGAGAAACUACAUACAACCUUGACACUGCUGGUGGAUUGAGACUGGAAGUGCAGAAAUACUACGAGCUGAUUGAUGCCCUGAGUAAAAAGAUUUUAACACUAGGAGCUAAAGUCGAUCCACCGCCGCGCCCCAAAGCCCUCCAGCUGCAGAAGAUGAUCCGCUACACAGCCACGCUUUUUGUCCAGGAGAAACUGUUAGGUCUCAUGUCUUUACCAACGAAAGAUAAAUAUGAAGAGCUGAAAGAAAAGAGGAAACAAGAACAAGAAAAGAGAGUCCAACAAGAGAGACUGGAGGCCCUGAAGAGGAAACAGGAGUCUGAGAAAACCCGUCCACCUCCCAGUACCAACGGGGAGCUGCCCCAGGCCCCCAGAGCGCCACGCAUGACCAAAGCAGGAGGCUGGCUGCCCUCCGCAGACGCCGUCCACACACGCAGCGAGCUGGAGGACCCGCUCCUGCAGCAGAUCGAGAACAUUCAGUCAUUCCUCCGCCAGGCCCGGGUGGCCCAGCGGGCAGACGAGGUGGCCAUGUUGGAGGAGAACCUGCGCCAGCUGCAGGAUGAAUACGACCAGCAGCAGACCAGCCUGGCCAUCCAGCUCUCCCAGAAGCUGGCCGACCAGGAGAGCCUGCAGCAGGAGCAGCUGGAGCGCCUGGAAGCCCGGGAGAGCGAGGAGCGGGAGCGCUGGGGCCCAACGGGGGGCUCCGCACAGCCCACCUACACCUGGGAGGGGACGCUGUCCGUCAGCCCUGCAGGGGCCCCCCAAGGAGACGACGACGCUGAAGAUGGGGACCUGACUCCAAAAGCUGAGAGGAGUCCGUCCUCUGUCAGAGCAUUCCCUGCUCUCACCAGCCAGGAGGAGUCUCCUCCCAGGCUGAGGAGCUUAGGCGGGCACGUGACUCCCCCUGGUGGUGAGGGGCAGAACAACACCUCCCUCAACCCCUUCGACGAGGAGGACUCUACUCCCAUUGAGGAGGAUCCAUCCAAUCCCUUCUUUGAGGACAUAAAGAAGGAGCACAAGGAGGUUAGCAAUGGGAAGAAAGAAUACAACCCAUUCGAUGAAGAAGAAGAAGAAGAAGAAGUGUCGGAGGACAAGCAGGCCGAGGCGGCAGCCGGAAACCCCUUCGAGGAGGAGGAUGAGACGGGAAACCCGUUCCUGGAGGCCUCUGGGAACUCUACAGAAGUGUCGACCAACCCGUUUGACGGGGACGACGACGAGGUUCUGCCCGACGUGGACGUGAUAGAAGAAGAGCUGCUGCUGCAGCAGAUCGACAACAUUAGAGCGUACAUCUUUGAUGCCAAGCUCAGCGGCCGGCUGGACGAGGUGGAGCUGCUGUCGGAGAACCUCAGAGAGCUCCAGCACACUCUCCAAGAACAGAAGAAGAAGAAGCACUGACACCUUUCCCUCAGAACCCCUGCUACUCACCAAGUCCUGCAAGGCUAGCUCACUUUACUGACUCAUGAGCCCACUGAUGGUAGUCUGGGGGAGGUCUGCUGCACCACACAGACACAAGGCUCCUCCCACAAUUAAAUAUGUGCUAGAGCUCAGCGUUGGAGUGACUCGUUUCAUUUCCAAACAUCUUUCUUAACCACUUCUCGUGUCCAGGGUGGCAGGGGGCUGGAGCCUCUCCCAGCAUGCACAGCGUCUGAGCACUGCUAGCAUAAAUCCAUUGGUACAGGCAUGUUGCUGGAGAUAACAGCAGUGUUGUUUCAGGACAAACAGGAACACUGGAAGACUGACCAAUGGUUUCUGUAAUGGGAUGUCUGAGCUUCCUGAGGCCUUAUCAGUCACUAGAUAUGAUUUGGAUCUUUGGCAGAAGUUAUAAAGAAAGUCAAAAUGUAAUUGUGAACAAACACAACUGAUGUACGCUUCAAAAUCAAUGAUCACAUCAUAAAAGUAGGGUUAUUUUUUUUCUUUAAAAUGUAAUAAAACAUAAGCAGUUCCACACUGCAAUUGGAAAAAUAGAUCUUAGUGCAAAACUAUUGACACUGCAAUAAAAAUCAUUAAGUAAUGUAUUAUUUUUGUUCACAAAUUCAAAUGUUUUGCUUUUAGAUCCGCAAUAACAAUUUUAAUCAAAUUUCACUUUUAGUGUCAAGAGUUCUGUCAAAUCUCUCUUUUGAUUGGUGUCAAAAACUGGUCCUGUAAUAAAACACAAAAUAUAAAAACAUAACUCUAAGGUUGGUGGAGUUGCAUUAAUAAGAGUGUCAUCUUGUUAAACAUCUGUAGGAAGUGAAAUCUUCUGUUUAAUGAACCAAACCAUGUGUUACUAUUCUAACUGGCUCAUGAACUAAAUCAGACUUGAUGAACAUCUGAUAACUCAAAUAAACAAAUGAAAUCAGGCCUAGUGUUUCAAUAAAUAACUUGUUCUAUAUUUAAAUGUAAUCACAGGCUUAAAUGACUCAUUCAG